CGCGGGCUCCUCCUCCUCUUUACCCUCUUCGGGCUCAGCAGCGGUGCUGCCCGGCUGAUCCGUCCUCCGGGCGCCCGCGGCAAUGUUCACCCGCGCCGUGAGCCGACUGAGCAGGAAGCGGCCGCCGUCUGAGAAGGUCUGGGAGCCACAGAACAGCCCCACACUCUGAGGCAGCGUGGGCUCCUGUGUGCAGCCUCCGCCGCGGGCCGAGCGGGGAAGGAUGCUCCACCGGACCUCUGCAUCCCCCGAGCGGCUCGGCCCCGGGGCGCCAAAAAAUAUCCAUGACAGCGACGGGAGCUCAAGCAGCAGCCACCAAGGCCUCAAGAGCACAGCCAAGUGGGCAUCCUCCUUGGAGAAUCUUCUGGAAGACCCAGAAGGCGUGAUGAGAUUCAGGGAAUUUUUAAAAAAGGAAUUCAGUGAAGAAAACGUCUUGUUUUGGCUAGCGUGUGAAGAUUUCAAGAAACUGGAGGACAAGAAGCAGAUGCAGGAAAAGGCCAAGGAGAUCUACAUGACCUUCCUGUCCAAUAAGGCCUCCUCUCAAGUCAACGUGGAGGGGCAGUCUCGGCUCAGUGAGAAGAUUCUGGAAGAACCACACCCCCUGAUGUUCCAGAAGCUCCAGGACCAGAUCUUCAACCUCAUGAAGUAUGACAGCUACAGCCGCUUCUUGAAGUCUGACUUGUUUUUGAAACAUAAACGUACCGAGGAAGAGGAAGAAGAGUCUCCCGACGCUCAGACUGCAGCCAAACGAGCUUCCAGAAUUUACAACACAUGAGCCUGAGAGCUGAGGCCUUCACCCCCAUGGAGCAGAGGAUGGACUCUUGGAACUGAGCAGGGUUGUCAUUGCUCUGUUAUGUUUGAGGACUGAAGUAUGCAAGACCUCCCCUCAAGAUAUGUGUAUUUUAUUAACUGUUUGACCAGUAACUCCUGCAUGUCGGCUAACUCUCCAUUAAAAACAAAAGUAGCUUUAAA